AAUGUCCUCUAGCAACGCUUGGAUCGACCUCGAAGAUAGAAGAUAUUGCAAGCCCAGUGGUUGAGCUACAAUGCGAGUGUGGGAGCAUACCGGCGCAAUAGAUCGAGAAUAGAGGAGUAUUUCCGGAAUCGUUGGAUGUGAGCAUAUUGUUAUGGAGUUGGCGAGUCACUCGUCACUAUCCCCUCGGUUGGCAACUAUGGACAUCGCUGAGAACAAGGACUUCUACAUGCGUAUCGACAACGCUCGAGAGGCGGUGCUCGAUGUAGAAGAGCAGAUGCUAGCCACUCGGGACGACAUUGUGAAGGUGAUGGAUGCGGCCGAGCAGCUCACCGUCGAAGCCUGUGCGCUUGCUCUUCGACGCGAGGAACUGGAGAAAGAUGAAGCCGCACUUGUCGAGUCCGAGGCAAUCGCGGUGCAAAAUAAAGUGCUGGCAGAGAAGAAGCUUAUGGAUGUUGGAGGCUACGAGUGCGUCGUGCGGAUCCUGCGCAAGGCGCUGCAGAAGGCCAAGUUGGAGAUGAUGGACACGGAGGGUGAGUCUUCAAUAGCACAAGAAGUACAUUCCAAUGCCGAUACCCCCAGUAUCUUACUGCUCUAUGGUACUGGUAGAUGAAACAAGGGAACUAAUACACGAGGAACUCCUGCUUCGAGCGCAGAUCGCCACUUUGACAGAGAGCUUAAACACUACGCAGCAGAGCGUCGACCGGCUACAGCAGGAAUGCGCCGACGCAGCCAAGAGCAAGCGCCAGACGGACGACAAGUUGCGGCAACUAUCCCAGUUCCUCAACCAAGCGCUCAACUCCCCGCCCAGCAUCCGACCGGCGUCGCCAACAUCGCCACAGCCCUAAAAAAAA